CCUAGCAUCUCUCUAUAUAAAGGCAGCUGACUUGUGGUGAGUACAACAGAAUUCAGCAGACCAGUUGACUUCUUCCUGCCGAACAUUCAACGUCAGCAGACACUUAUCUACAAUGGCCUACAUCUCAGAACUUGAUGUGUCCAUUAAUGACGCUGAGGAGCAAAAGCUCCAGUCACAAGGCUUCAACAAAAUUAAUGUUAAUCUGAACCAAGGAGCAGGAGGAAAUGCCAUCUAUCUUUGGUACAAAAAUGGGUCAGUACCAAUCACCAGGGUUCAAUUUACAUUCAACGAUGACAUGGCUGUUGGAUUGAUCAAUGCAGGGUACACAAAGAUCAAUAAAGAUCUCAAUGCUGGAGCAGGAGGUGAUGUCAUCUACCUUUGGUACUUCAGAGGGUCCGGGGAGUUCCACACUCCCAUAGUGGAGAUUGAUUUCACUACAGAUGCAGAAAGUGAAGCCCUUAAGUUCAGCACAGGCUGGGAGAGAUCGGCCUGUGGUCUGAACCGCAACACUGGAGGGAACUUGAUCUACGCCUGGGUGAAGAGAGAGAAACAAACCUACAUCUGUGAUGUCUCUGCCGCUGCUUCCUACGGAUCAGACCCCGACUACUAUAAGGCAGGUUACAUCCGUGUGGAUGAAGAUACUAACAGAGAUGCAGGAGGUCCCAAUGUCUUCAUCUGGUACCGUCAGACCACCGACCCCAAGCGUGCUCUCACUGAUCUGAAUAUCUCCACCAAUGAUCUUGAGUAUCAGUCCCUUCAGCAGCAAGGUUACACUUCAGUGAGUGUCAACCUCAACGAGGGGACUGGAGGCAACCAGGUGUACCUGUGGUACAAGAAAGAUGGUGUCACCAAGCCCAUUCAGGCCAUGUCCCUGCUUCUUAACCCUGCUGCUGUAGCAGUGUAUGAGAAGGCUGGUGUCUCUGUUAUCGAAAGAAAUAUCAACACAGGCACUUACGGCAACACUGAGUACCUGUGUUUCUAUCAGUGAACGGCUGAGAAAGCCUUCUUGAAGGAAGCAGAGCUGAGAAUUCACAACACUCACUGAAGUGGAAAGCAGAGUCCAACUAUAUUCUUAAAUCAUUUUGCUGAUAGCCUCUUUAAUUUAAUUUUCUCUUUUUCUUCAGUGUAUAAAACAAUGUGAUUUAUUAUAUUACAGUAAUAUUACUGGUAAUAUCAGAAAGUACCAAUGAUAUCUGGGUUCUACUGUUAAACUUGAUGUCCAUUAAUACAAUCAAACUAUUUCAAAUGGCGUUUUGACAAUAACUUUAUUAUAUGCUUAAAAAUCAAAGCUCUGUAUCACUUCAUUCUGCACACUUCCUGCUUUUCAAUAAAGAAGACAAAAGAAA